AUGGAAGCUACAUACUUGGUGGUCAUGAUGACACUACUCGCCGGCGUCGUCAUCUCCUGCCCUCCGUCGGACCGGGGAGCAUUGUUGGCUUUCAAGUCCGCCCUGACCGACCCUUACUUGGGCAUUUUUAACACCUGGACCGGCUCCGACUGCUGCACCGGCUGGUACGGUAUCAGCUGCGAUCCAACUGAAGGCCGGGUCAAUGACAUUAUCCUACGUGGCGAGUCGGAACACACGUUGUUUGCGGUAGCCGGCCGAACCGGUUUCAUGUCCGGUUCACUUUCACCUUCCCUGUGUUCGCUUGACCGGCUCACUACUCUAAUCGUCGCAGACUGGAAGGGUAUAUCCGGCGAGAUUCCGGCGUGUAUCACUUCACUCCCUCGCCUCCGCAUCCUAGACCUCGUCGGAAACCAGAUCACCGGCGAAAUCCCCGUUGACAUUGGAAAUCUCGGAAAACUCACUGUUCUCAAUGUUGCUGAUAACAACAUCACUGGCAAUAUACCUCAAUCAAUCGUAAGCCUCGGGAAUCUCAUGCAUCUGGACCUCAGAAACAACCGAAUCUCCGGUGAAAUUCCGGCGAAUCUCGGCAAGCUCUCGAUGAUGAGCAGAAUUUUACUGAAACAAAACGAACUUACCGGAAGUAUCCCGACUUCGAUCACCAGCAUCUACCGUCUGGCUGACUUAGAUCUGUCAAUGAAUCAAAUCUCUGGUUCAAUUCCUGCUCAACUAGGAUCAAUGCCGGUUCUUUCUACACUCAACUUAGACAGCAACCAACUCUCUGGGGAGAUUCCGGGAUGUCUACUAAGAAGCAAUGGUUUAAACAUAAUGAAUCUAAGCCAUAACGCUCUCGAAGGCUACUUGCCGGAUGUUUUUAGUUCGACAACGUACUUCUCCAUGCUAGAUUUAUCGUUCAACGAAUUGAAAGGGUCUAUACCUGCAUCUUUAGCUUUUGCAAGGUAUAUCGGACAUCUGGACCUGAGCAACAACCACCUCUGUGGCGAAAUUCCGGUGGGAUUCCCGUUCGAUCACUUAGAAGCGUCGUCGUUCUCCGACAAUGAUUGCCUCUGCGGUGCGCCUCUCAUGCGAGUUUGUUAA